UUUAAUCGUUAAUUUCCACACUAAUUCCUUCCAGCCGUACAAACUUCCAACCUCUCAUUCCUCAUCUUCUCCACCACCUCUGCACUCACUUCCUUCAACUCCAUCUCACAAAACUCGCAUGACGCUCAACUUAACCUCUCCAUGGCCAAAUCGUCUCCAUCUUCACUCCACUCACCACCACCGCUUCAACGAAACCGCAUCAAAUUCGCAACUGUUUUGCAGUUUUCGCACUCCGAAUCAUAAAAACAACAACAUCAAGGCUUCGUUGAGUGAGAGUUACCACGAAGGUGCUGUCGUGGAUGGUGACGAUGAUGAUGCUGGUAGUAAGGAUUAUGAGUUGAUUGUUAGUAAAGUUUCGGCUGCAAAAGAUGCGAGUGAAGCACUCCAAGUGUUCGGUGAAAUGUCUAAGAGAAGCGGUGGUGUUGUGAGUACGUCCGAUUGUUGUGAGAUUAUUUCGGCUGCGUUGGAUCGGAACAAUGCGGAUUUGGCACUGUCUGUUUUUCAAGCCAUGCGAUCGAGUUUUGAUACAGGUGUAGGAGAUAAAGAUAUUGGUGACAGAUGGAGGUGGUCCAGACCUGAUGUAAAUACAUACACACUGUUGGUUCGGGGUCUUGCAGCAUCGUUGAGGGUCUCUGAUGCCCUUAAGAUCAUAACUAAUGUUUGUCGGGUGGGAGUAUCUCCUGGUGAAGAGGUCCCUUUUGGUAAGAUUGUAAAGUGUCCUAGUUGCAUGAUAGCUGUUGCUGUUGCACAACCACAAAAUGGUAUUCAGAUCGUUUCCUGCUCCAAAUGUCGUUAUCAAUAUGAGCUUGUUUCUGGCAACAUAACUAGUAUCGAGUCAGAAGAAAUAAGCAUGGAUGUGCCUGCAUGGAAAAGAGGCCUACAGUUCUUGCAGCUAAUCAAAGAAUCUACUCCUGCUGCUGUUCACUCCAUUGUGGUCCAGACACCAUCUGGUACGGCUCGAACACACAAGUUUGCUACUAAAACACUGGAUCUCCCCGCACAAGAAGGGGAACGUGUAACAAUUGCUUCUGCUGCUCCAUCAAGUGUCUACCGGGAAGUGGGUCCCUUAAAAUUUAGCCCCAAAACGCCCAACUAUUACCCUGGGGAACCCAUGUCCCUAACAAACCAUCUAAACGGCAGAGAAUCACCAUUAAUAAGAGCCCCUGCAAAAAAUGGAGGAUUGUCGUUAUUUAGCCCUACUGUCUUCUUCCCACUCCUUGCUGUCUUUGGCUCGGGAGAUGUGGCAUCGGGAAUGAUAGACCCGAGCUUACCUCAAAUCAUAUCGGUUGCAGCUGUUUCGUCUGUAGCUGUUGGAGCCACUUUAAACGGUUUGGUUUUUCCACAGUUUAAUCGACUUCCUCCAAGAGUUGUGGAAACGGUUGCCAUAAGGCAGCAACUACUGUCUCAGUAUGACACGCUUCAAUCUCGCAUUAAGGAGUUAAAAGAGGCUGCUGAAAAUGAGGUAUGGAUGCUGGCCCGUAUGUGCCAACUAGAGAACAAAAUUGUUGCUGUUGGAGAACCUUCUUAUCGUGCUCGGAGAAGUAGAGUCAAAAAGGUGCGCGAAGGAUUAGAAAACUCGUUGAAAUCUCGAAUUGAACUAAUUGAAAGCUAUGCAAGAAUUUCUUCGAUGAUUGAAAUCGAAGUGGAGAUGGACUCUGAUGUUCUUGCUGCUGAGUCAGCCAGCAAUGCGGAGACUAUUGCUGAACAGAUAGAACAGAUAAUGGAAAUCGAAAAUCUUGAAGAGAGAUGGAGAAUUCAAGCAGAGGCAAAUGAUGAGGUGGAGAAGCUUUUGAAUUCUGAGAUAUUACCUUCACAACAGGUUUCAGAUAUAUAAUAGUUCAAAUUUGAUCAGCAAGAUUCUCAUCUUUGUUCGAUUUCAUGUUACAAAUGAGAAUCUGAGUGCCUGGUAUGAUUCAUCUUGUAUAAAACUUUACAAAUUCCAAAUACAUUUUUUAGUAAAUUCAAAUGAAAUUAUAUGCUUAACCGUUGCUAGCGUGGUUC